UCAGGUUUGAAGCGAAUCAAUUCAAUGGUUGCGGUACAUUGGGUGGUAUUUAUUCUGGUUUUCUUAUUCAUCAGUUUGGGUUCUUUGGAUUCCAGUAAAAUUACUGAACAAAUUUACAAUUAUGUGCCUCUGUCAUAUACAUCAUUUUGUACUCGAAAACUUAACCUUACAACACAGGUUGGUUGUUCCAGUGAUAUCAAAGGAAACUCUGGUGUCGCUUUGUUUGUGAAUGGGUCACAAGACAUUAUUCAGACACUCAGAUCAAAUAAUUUAACUCCAUUUGUAGUGGUUGUAAAUGUUGGGCAGUUUAUGAACACUUCACUUAUGCAGUAUUUCCGUUCAACAACAAAUAUUAAAGGUCUUAUUGUGUUUUCUAACGAGGAAGAGAAUUACGACAGAUAUGCAUUUUCUGAAUCAUCCAAAUGCCCAAAUAGUCUUUACAGUGCUUAUAAUGUUACUGAGCAGUGUGAUUUGGAUACACAAUGGAACCCAGCUGGGACAGAAUAUUCAUAUAUUAAUUGGCCGUUUCCGGUUGUUUUGGUUACUGAUGUGAACAACACCAUUUGGACUUCCAUGCACGAAUGCUUUUCAAUGUUGAAUCGAGAACCUGCUGAUGAUACUCGGUGCUUUAUUGAAAUCAAUAACCCUAUGUCAGCUAUUGGGUCAUCUGAGACUUGCUUUCGUCGUCAGUACCUCAUGUCACUGCAUAUUUCUGAAAGUUCGGAGAUUUUCUGUGAUGAAUUGACAGGGCUAAACAUUAUUUUAUCAGCAACUCAUUCUGAAAAUCUCUCAAGGGAUAAUAAUGCUGUUAACAUUAGCAAUUAUGUUCGAUCUGAGAAUUCUUCAGUGUUUGUUCUUACUCGGAUGGAUUCUCGAAGUAUUUUCGAACGCAGUGGGUUUUCGAGCCAAGGUGUCCUUCCUAGUAUAGCUGUUCUGAUUUCUGUUGCCGUACAUUUAAUGGGACAGAAAACAUUGAAAGAUUCUCAGUUUGAAAAAGAUUUACUUUUCAGCUUUCUGGAUAAUGAGGCUUAUGAUUUUAUGGGUUCAUCUAGAUUUUCAUAUGAUUUAUCUUCUGGAAAUAUUGCUCGUUAUACUGGGAAUCCAGUGAUUUGGAGUAAUGUGUAUGCUAUCAUAGAGCUAGGUGAACUUGGAUUGUCGCGAAAGCAGGAUAAUCAUCCUAUGUUUUUCAUGUUAACGGAUGAUAAAACUUACAAUGUGACUCGAAAUUUUACGGAUAAUAUUUUCCAUCACCUGACAGCAGCCAGUGAAACCAACCAAAAAGUCAAUUUAAAAAGACCGUUUAACAAAUCACGAGAGUUGCCACUACCUCCAAUAUCAUCAGUGCAAACUCUUCUUCAAACUUCACCUCGUCCCCUUCCUCAUGUGGUGUUAAGUGAUUAUGACCGUCCACCUUUCCUUAAUAAACAUUUUGAGAGUUUUCUUGAUACUAAAUGGCCUCCACUGGAUAAUCCUACUGCAGAUACAAUCCUCCUCGAUUUUGCCAACACUCUAGCAGAUGGUUUACAUAGAAUAGUUUCUGCAAAUCAUGAACCUAUUUCGUCCAGUAUUGCUUAUCCAAAACCUAGUGACAUUAUGGAAUGUUUUUCAACUAAUCUGGGAUGUGACCUUUUCAAAAUGUACCUCAGUCCUGUAGAUUAUAAAUACGUACAAAUGUUAAAAACACCUAUACCUGCACAAACCUACCUACCACUGGGCCUACAUGAAAUAAAGAUAUCGCAUCUAGUCAGUAUUCUGUUAAUAGGACUAACUGGAGAACGAACUUCAACACCAGCAUGUCCACCUGUUGAUGAACGGGGUCCUUACACAUAUUGGAUGGGAUAUUUCAACGGCUCUGAACAGUGUUACUUCACAUGUAUGGACAUAACAUCACAGUUUCUGAUGAUGGAAAACGAAAAACUCAAAGCCCCAGCCUGGGUGCGUAGUCGCGAACAUUCUGAAAGGUUUUUGCGCUGGUAUCGCGGUGCAUCUCCAACGGUUGAUGGAUUCAGUGUUGCACUAGGUAUUUUUCUCAUGACCCUUACACUUCUCAUAGCUCUGUACAUCAAGGAGGUCAUUAAUAAGAAAAUCAUACAAAUACCUGCACAAAUGGAAACUUUAUAUACAUCUGACAACGAAAAUCGUUUCGCACCUACAUAAAAUUUGUUUCUAAAAAAGAUGUACAUAUAUAAUAUAUUCUUUUAGACAA